CCUCUCUAUUCCUUUUCCUUUCUCUAAACCAUUUUUUGAUUUUGACGAAACUUAAACCAAACAACCUUCUUCUUCUUCUUCUUCUUAAUAAUAAUACAAACAACAAAAGAUUAUUUAUCUCUUAGAUUUCUCAAAUUUGACACGUAAUACUAACAAUGUGCCCAUUGAGGCUGAUUCUGGUAUUCCUCUCCGCCACUCUUGCCGGUUUUUUUGUUAUAAAAAACCUCAAGUCCCGCCCUUUCUCCGCCAGCACCGACACUGGAGAUGAUGACAAUUCCACCACCACCACCGACAGCAACAAGAAUUCUCCUCAUCCAUCUGAUUCUUCUUCUUCUUCUCGGUUCUCAAAGGUAAAGUCAGGGGUGGAAAUGGGGUUUUGGACAUUGGUGGAUAUGGCAAGUGGGAAAUACUUGUGGAGGCAAUUGGGUUUUUCCUCAAAACGUGAAAGUUGAUUGCUGUUUGGAGUUUUUGUUUCUGUAGGUAAUGGAAUUUACAAGGGUGUUCAGGUUUUCAUUUUUCUAGUAAUGGUUGCGUGUUACUGCAAUCCAACUGGAAAAAAUAGACCCCAUUUGGAAAUCGUUGUUGUUGUAUUGGUUGUGGAAUUGUAACUUGUAAAUUAAUAUUAGCAUUUAGUAAGAAUGAAAGAUCAGUACUUUGUACUAUUAGCAUUUAAUAAGAAUGAAAGAUCAGAACUGUGGCUUUUA